CACAAACACCUAUUCCAAUGGAAAAUAUUGAAAGGACUAAUGCUAAGUCCAAGCUGCCAUGUAGAAGAAUUGGGAGGACAAAAGGUAAACAACUGGUGACUGGUUUUGGCUACUAUGUUGAUGUUAACACUGGUGCAAGGACUAUAAACCCUGGGAUGGAAGUUGAACAAAUUGUUUCUAAAGUGCAUAAUGAAGUGGGACAUGAUCCCGAUGUUAAUGUCAAGUUUGCUAUUCCAAAUGAGAAGGAAAUUAGGGGUGCAGCAAGAGUUGAAAAACAGAUUGAUGUCCCAAGUUAUAGGACAAUAACUUUCAAGGGUGAUGGAGCACAAGUAAAGAAACCAACUAACCUUCCAUUUGAAGCACCUGGUUUGCAAUGGAAAG